UUUGAUGUUCACAUCAGUUCAGAACAUAAAAAAAUCUUAACUAGGUAUCUGUCAAUUUAUUCUCGAUCAAAAAUAGAACACGAUUUGAUGGUGUCAUGAUAUUUUUGGAAUUUAUACGCAUGAAUUCCGCGGAAAUUUCAUUAUUUUUUUAUAAUACAUCUUUGAAACAAUGAAAACGAUUUAGUUAAACAACAAAAUAAAAUCAUGGAACAAGUUAAAAACGAAAAUUUCAAGCUCCCGAGUAUGAUCAUGUGUGGAGACCAUUCCUCCUUCACUAAGACGGAGUUGAACGCGAAGGAACCGAAGCCCGAAGAAGUUGACAAGAUCAGGGAGAAGAGCUCCACGUCGUGUGCGAAACUAUCGCCCACACCCUCCCGCAGCGAGCGCGCGGGCGGCGGGGGGCCGGCGCGGUCGGCGUCGGAGCACGCGCUGCGUCUGUUGCGGGCCGGCCGCCGCGCGCGCUCCACCGACCUUGUACACAGCACCGGGGCCGCGAUAGGCAACGGGGCCCUCAUACAAGCGGCGGCGGGCAGCGGGCGCUGGCCCCCCUACCUGCUGGCGGUGUGCGCGCUCGUGGUGCUGCUCACGCACGCGCUGCACGCGCUCGUCGCCGCGCUCGACGCCGCGCUGCCCGCUCUCAGGAACGCGUGCCAGUACUUCCGUAAGUGGACCGAGGAGUGGUGGCGGCGGCAGGACGAGCCGCGGCUGUACCCGGCCGGCCUGGCCCUGCUCACCGCCGCGCUGUACGCGCUGUACCUCGCCCUGUAUGCGCUGCACGCGCUGGCGCUGUGGGCCGUGGAGCCCCUCUCCGCCGACGAGAGGCAGGUCUGCGCAGACACUCUCACCGACCGCCCGAGUACGAGCUUGUGAGAUUUCAACAUGGGUUCUAUUUGUUACUAAAUUUUUGUUGUAGUAUUUUCCGUUUUCAUUGAAUAAAGAAAAUUAAAAAAGGUUA